AUUUUAUAACAGUCAAAAACGAUCUAAAAAAAGUGAAGCACAGAUUAUGGCUUUGGAAAAGCGGAAGCUUGACAUGCUACUUGACAAUGUUGAUGCUCCCAGAGCAUUGAUGCUUCCAAUAAUUAGUGAUGUUCCUAAAACAAAACACUGUGGUGCACCGAAGUUAAGCAAACUAUCUUGUUUAGAAGCAAUUUUGAUUGAACAAAAGAAACUUCUUUUUGAACAAAAGAAGACCAACAAACUGUUGUCUGAAAUUUUGCGCCCAAUAGAAAAAGAAUCUGUAAAUAAUGAUAAUGCCGUGUAUACUGGUUUUGAUGCCGAAUUUAAAUUGCACGACAUUCAAAAACGAGAACCAUGUAGCUUUGCAAGAAAAUUUAUUUUGUUGCGAUUCGGAAAGGAGUUUACUUGCACGCAUAUUUGUGAACCAAACGGACCUACUGCACGCAUUCAUAUGGAGAAUGAAGAAAUUCAGGAAGUUAAAGGUGCACUUGACAAAGUGUUUACGUCUUACAACUGGCGUGUUGUUCGGGCGAGUAUUAAUCAAUUUUUCCGAGACAAUAAAAGUAGUACAAAAGUUUGAAGACUAAACAAAUGAGUGACAUUUUUCUUGUGGUGUGGGGUUGUCAGCGUUUUUCGCUUAUCCCCCCCCCCCCCCAUUCUAUCUGUAAUGUGUUUUGUAUGUUUUGUGUGUUAAAUAAAUACACCAUCUUAUUU